AUGAUGAACAAGCCUUAAAAUAAUUAAUAAUCUAGAGAUGCUUAUUAUUAAUAAUAAUAAUAAAUAUAUCCCACACAAAAAUAACAGGAAGAGUAGGCCAUAAUUCAAUAUUACAUAUAUCAGGACUUCUAAAAUAUCAUGAAUCUAUUAUUUUCUUUUAAACAAAUUAAAGAGUACUUUGCAGAUGAACCUAAUCAUAAAGCAAUAACUUUAAGUUAUAAGAAAUUGAUAAUACAAUUAAAUAUUUCAAAUUCAAUCCAUUUUGACUUAGAAAGAACAUAUCAGAAUGAAUUUGCUUUUAUUUAAGAUGCGAAAGGUAAAGUCAAAACUAUGCUUGAGAAAUUAGACUAUGUGAUUGGUAAAGAACAUUAAAAUUUAAUACAAAAUUAUAGAGUUAAUAGUUUAUCGUAAUCGGUAAAGAUCAAUUAGCUUCCCUUGCAGCAAACUUAAGAUUUUACUUUUAAUGAAAAUCUUUUAAAUUAACUAAUUCCAUAAGUUGAAUAGAUUGAUUAAUAAAUAUAAAGUGUGAAGCAAGCAAAAUACUAUAAUGUUCCGAAUGAAAAUGAUAUUAGAUAAAGAGCUGAGUAUGUUUUAAUUUAAAUUUUUUAGCUAUUUUCAAGCCUUGACCUUGGACAGAUUAUAAAAAAGUUACCCAAAGAACACUAAACACUUCUAACACGAUUCAAGAGGCCCUUAGACGAUGCAACAAAAUGGAGGGAACUAAUUUUAAAAUUACCAAGAUAUAGCUAAAAAUCCGAAUAGAUGA